AUUAUUAUAUAAAAUGGCUUAUGUGCCUAAUGAGAUCCUUGGUGAGAUCAGUACUUACCUCACCUUUUACAAUAAACUUGAAGCAUCGUUAACAUGCCAUAGAUGGUAUCAAGCUAUUGCCGGCAGUGGUAAGCUCUACGAAGCACUUUGCUUUUUUGAUGCCGAAUCCCUCAAAGGUGCCAUUAAAUUCUUUAAAAAGCAUCCGCAAUGGCGUGAUCGAGUUCUUGAUCUCGAUCUUUCCUUCAAUUACGAUGCUGCCAAGGUUGCACAAACAUUUCCUAAUAUUAAACGUCUUCGAUGGGGUAUUGAGAAUGACAUGGCCACAGGUUAUGCAGAUCCUGAUGAUGCACCUGAUCAAGAUCCUUCUUAUUGUCGUGCGAUUCAAGGGUUUAAGCAGCUUGAAGCUGUUGUUGAACAAAAUGGAGAGUUCUAUCCGAUUGUGGUCCCCUUAUUGAAGUGUCCUCGCACAGCCAAUAAUCUGACAUCGAUCACAUUCCAUUUCUUUAAUGAUAGUCCCACAAGCCAACAGACACAGAUGGUCUAUGCGCUGACAUAUAAGGAAAAGGUGAAGCGAAUACUACCGCUCUUGAGGUUUGCACCACGACUUAAAUACCUUGAAUUAAGCAAACUGUAUUUAACAUUGCAUGAUAUGGAGGAUUUGCAUAACUGUUAUGCACCUCGUCUUGAAGAACUUGUAUUGAAAAACAUGCUGUAUUUAUUCACGGAUAUGACAUUAAUCGAGUUAAUGCGGCAAACGUUCAAGUUAGAACAUAGCGGACAACCGAUCGUAGUCAAGGAACCUGCAAGGAAGAUAAAGAAUCUUUAUAUUGACUUUAGUCAUAAUAUUGAUCGGUACGAUGUCUCUAAAGGGGAUGAUAAGCCCUUAUUAUGGUUAGAUUAUGUGGCUAAAAAAUACACGUAUGCUCAAUCGAUUGCAUUUGGUGUAGCAGCUAUUGAUGAGGGGCUCAUUCAACAAAACAUCUUUCAGGGACCUCUCAUAUCCCCUCCUUUCCCAUGGCAAGCCUUGACCGCCUUGGAUCUCGCCAUCUGUGAUCUCACAAAGGAAGUCCUGACGGCCAUGGAUGCUGCUCAAAUUCAUUUGCGUACCGUCACUGUCUAUUUUAGAAAACAAACGGCACAAUCACAGACAGCGUCUUUACUGGCUUCAAGGCAGCGUGAAUCGAUCCGAGAACUCUUUAUCAAGGCAAGAGGUCAUAUCGAACCCGAUACCGAGGAAGGUAAAGCGAUGUAUGCCCUUGCAGAGGGGUUACUCAAGCUGACCUACUUUGAUGUCACACAAGAAUUUACUUUCAGUGGUCUUCAAAUCGAACAUGCCAUGAUCCCUGAGUUACUUGAAAGGGCGCCACAACUGGAGGGGAUGUUUAUCGAAAAGAUCUCUGUUGUCAUACCCAAUCAUCAUCAUCAUCAUCCUUCUCCAGAGGGACAACGAGAGUACAAACUGAAAGAGAUAGGCUUUGGUAAUGUCUAUUGUCGUACUAAAGGACAAGGUGAACUAUUUAGUAAGACAUGGAAUGAGAGGAUCUUACCUGCUUGUCCUAAACUUGAAAAACUGGAUAUCUAUGUGGGACGAAUCGGAGGUCCCUUUGAUCAGAUGCAGACAGAGAUGGUACUUGACUUUAAGUUGAAAACCAAUCAUCGUAUACGUGAAAUAGAAAUGAAUUUCUAUGAUGAGACUUACUUUUGUAUCCAGUUGCAUGGUGAGACACAAUGGUGGUUACAGGAUUGUCCAGGUGCCCCCUUUGAAAGAGUAAAGCAACGUCCAGCUGGAAAACGGUAUAUAAGUCUUGACUUGAACCAUUCCUUCUUUCUUAAUGAUAGACUAUUUUCAUAAUAAUAAUAAAAGAUGUGUUUAUAUAAACAUUAUUUAUACUCUCUGUAAUCUAUAUAAACGUCUUUUAUUUUAUUUAUUUAUUUAUUUAUUUUUUUAAGAAAAGACCAAGCUUUAUACUUUAUAUAAUAAUAAUUUAAACUAUUUACAAAAAAGAAAAGAAAAGAAA